AUGAAUGAAUUAUCUGAUGACUCUGAUGAAUUAAUGUCUUCUCCUGUUAUAACCAAGUCAAAGACAACCAAUAAUAAGAAAUCAAAAUCAUCAACAACAACAAGUGAUAAAACUAACAACAAGAGAAAGACAACAUCAACUAAUGGAGUAUCCAAAGCCAAACAGGCAAAAUUAACUUCGGCGAAGGAAUGGAAAAAUGCAUCAUCACGGAAACAAUCAAAAAAGUUGCAACUUGAAGAGGAUGAUGAAAAGGAGAGCAACAUGAUAGCCAAAAUUGACCAAGUGACGGAGAAGGCUAAUGAUAAAAAGCAAAGAGUUACUUUGACUGCUUUCAUUUCAGAUUCCACACCAUUUUGUGCAAUUGACUAUGAUGAAAGUAAGGACAUCACUCAAGUGAAAGAUAAGGAUCUUGUUACAAUUUGCAUGGAAAAUAAUGAAGCUGGAAGAACAGAUGCUUUUGUGGAUAUAAAGAAUGGAUCUGUCAAACUUUUGCAUCACUCUGGUUCAAGACUUGUUGUUGCCACUCAUGACGAAGAGGAGGAUCAGGAAACAAAGAAACUUGAAAUUGAUAUGAAACUAAAGAGAAGUUCAACAAUUACAGAGAAGGACAAAAAGUUUAUGGGAAAAGCUUCCGAGUGGAAAACUAUUCGAUACAGAGAUGAGAAGGCAGAUGAGCUACUCACAGAACCUAUCAGGAUUAAAAGUAGAGUGUAUGGUCACAGAGAUGACGUCUUUACAGUUUAUGAAACUAGAUUAACAUGCUCAAGGAAAGGUUCACACACACCAACUCAACCUGGUAUCAGUGGGCAUUUUGGUGUUCCAUCUGAUUCUAUUGUUGCUAUGGCUAUGGGUGGAUAUGGAGACGAAGAUUAUGGAGAUUUUGGUGGAGAGUAUGAAAAGAAGAAUGCCAGUCAGACUUGUGAGAGGUUAUCAAUUAGAUUCUGCCUAUGCACCUGCUAA